ACGGGCGGGGAGCGCCCGGACAGGAGCAGCCGGGCCACCAAGAUCCGGGUCUCAUCUGUCGCUGCGGCCUCCAGGGCUGGGAAUGGCCACAUGGAAUAGGCCACAUCCUAAGCAGCCUCUGGCAGCAGAGCCAGCUGCAGAAGGGGAGUCCCAGCAACCCCUGGGCCGAGAGCUGACAGAGGCCAACCGCUUCGCCUAUGCCGCCCUCUGUGGCAUCUCUUUGUCACAGCUGUUUUCAGAACCUGAGCAAAGCCCCUUCAACACAGAAUUUGUGACGGGCCUGGUAAAAUGGCUGCAUUUGUCCGAAACCGUCCUCCCAACCAUGAAGGCCUUUGCCAGUGGCCUGGGAGGUGAAGAACCUGACAUCUUUGCUCAGACAUUAUUGAAGGACCCCAUCCUGAAAGGCGACCCAUCAGCAAUCACUCAGGACCUUCUGAGCUUCUCACUCAAGGAUGGACACUACGAUGCCCGGGCCAGAGUCCUUGUUUGUCAUGUGACUUCCCUGCUCCAGGUGCCUGUGGAGGAGCUUGCUAUACUAGAAGAGGCAUUCCUGGAGAGCCUGAAGGACACCAAGGAGGAGGAGUCUGAGACGGCAGAGGCAUCCCGGAAGAAAAAAGAAAAACGGAGGAAGUGGAAGCGCUAUCUCCUGAUAGGCCUGGCCACAGUUGGAGGCGGGACAGUGAUUGGCGUGACUGGGGGGCUAGCUGCCCCCCUUGUGGCUGCGGGAGCUGCAACAAUCAUCGGCAGUGCUGGGGCAGCUGCACUGGGCUCGGUGGCUGGCAUAGCUGUUAUGACCUCACUGUUCGGUGCAGCUGGAGCUGGCCUGACAGGAUACAAGAUGAAGAAGCGAGUCGGGGCCAUUGAGGAGUUCAUGUUCCUGCCUCUGACAGAAGGCAGACAGCUACACAUCACCAUUGCCAUCACUGGCUGGCUCGGAUCCGGCAGAUACCGCACGUUCAGCGCCCCGUGGACGGCCUUAGCCCGCAGCCAGGAGCAGUACUGCCUGGCCUGGGAAGCCAAGUACCUGAUGGAGCUGGGCAACGCACUGGAGACCAUCCUCAGUGGCCUGGCUAAUAUGGUGGCUCAGGAGGCUCUCAAGUACACUGUGCUCUCUGGUAUCGUGGCUGCCCUAACCUGGCCGGCCUCCCUCCUCAGUGUCGCUAAUGUCAUUGACAAUCCCUGGGGAGUGUGUCUCCAUCGGUCCGCAGAGGUCGGCAAGCACCUGGCACACAUCCUCCUCUCACGGCAGCAGGGCCGGAGACCUGUCACCUUGGUUGGCUUCAGCCUUGGAGCCAGAGUCAUCUACUUCUGUCUGCAGGAGAUGGCUCAGGAACAAGAUUGCCAAGGGAUCAUCGAGGAUGUGGUCCUUCUGGGUGCCCCAGUAGACGGAGACCCCAAGAACUGGGAGCCUUUCAGGAAGGUGGUGUCUGGGAGAAUCGUCAAUGGCUACUGCAGGGGAGACUGGUUGCUGAGCUUCAUAUACCGGACGUCAUCUGUGCAGCUCCGAGUCGCAGGCCUCCAGCCUGUGCUGCUGCAGGACCGGAGAAUGGAGAACGUGGACCUGUCCUCAGUGGUCAACGGCCACUUGGACUAUGCUAAGCAAAUGGACGUCAUCCUGAAGGCUGUGGGCAUCCAUACCAAGGAGGGCUGGGGUGAGAAGGGACUCCCACUGGCUCCUGGCAGCCUGCCCCAAGAAGAACCUCCCCAGAUAGCCACAGUCUCCAUAGAGGAAACCAUCCACCAGGAUGAGCAAACUCAGGGACCUGCCCCAGGAGACAGUCUCAGUACCGCCAUACCUUCCAUUGCCAGCCAAGCCCAGGUGCCAACGGAGCUGGACCAAUCCACAGAGGCCUCACUCCCUACCCCUGCCACUCUGGCAGAGGGACCCCUGAUCUGCAGCCAUGGUGUGGGUCCCAACCCACUGGGCUGCCCUGACUGCACCCAUGGGACCCAGGAAUCCUGUGCAGAACUGGACUGACCCCAGCAGGAGCCUUGGACUACCACUCCAGACUUCUUCCCUGUGCAACUUUCUCUAACAUCUUUGGGCUCCCAGAGAGUUCUGGAGGUGAGGGUAUUUCCACAAGUGCCUUCUUAAACAC